UUUUUUCGCAAAUUCAGCUAAUCAACCCGUCCAAACUCUAGGCAGACACUAAAUCUGCACGCCCUCUCAAAAAGAGCGUGACCACGUGAGUAAUCGUCGCAUUAAAAACAAGGAGAAGAAAUCAACCCCUGUCCAAGGCAGUCAACCCCAGGUCAGUUUCUGAACACGACGCCGUCACAUACCAUUUCAACAUCUCCAUAGGUAUCUCAGCAGUACCGGCACGUGCUCUGUUGAUCACAUCCUAUCCUUAAAAGAGAGAAACCAGGGAGAGACAUAAACAAAAGAAAGGCAAAGAGAAAUCGGAAACUUUUUAAGCUUAAAAGAAAAACAAAAAGACAUGUCCUGCACUGCAGCAUGGGCGAUUCCAAACUCACCAGCAUUUCAAUCACCGAGACUUCCUUCAAUAUUUUGCAAGCCAUCUCCAUCUCCUAGCAUCAUCCAUGGUUCACAAUCCCCGGCACCAUCAUCGUCUUUAUCGUUGCCACCGUCUUCUUUAUCAUCGUUUUCACCGGGGCUGUCCUCACCAAAGUCACCUUUAUCUCUUCGAGUUAACAAGACAAAAUUAGAAUCAAAGACUGACAAGUUGUUGAAGAGGAAGAGGCCGGGAAUAUUAGAUAUACCAGUGGCGGGGGUUUUGGGGUUUGGUUUAGAGACCCCAAAAGGAAAGAAGGAGAAAGUGGAGGUUGUAGAAGUUGAAGGAGAUGGUUAUUUUGUCUGUAGCAAGAGAGGACGGAGAGGUGGGAUCUUGGAGGACCGGUACUCUGUUUUUGUUGAUGUUAAUGGAUAUUCUAAACAGGCUUUGUUUGGUGUUUUUGAUGGGCAUGGAGGGCCAAAAGCGGCUGAAUUUGCAGCCAAGAAUUUGAAUAAAAACAUCAUGGAUGAAGUUUCGAGUAGAUAUCAAGAGGGAAUUGAAACAGCAAUUAGAAAUGGCUACUUGACCACAGACGAAGAGUUUUUAAAACAAAAUGUUAAUGGUGGUGCUUGUUGUGUGACUGCAUUGAUACACCAAGGCAACCUUGUGGUUUCAAAUACUGGUGAUUGCCGUGCAGUUAUGAGUCGAGGAGGGGUUGCAGAGGCUCUCACGUCUGAUCACCAACCUUCGCGCAAAGAUGAGAAAGACAGAAUCGAAGCCUUAGGUGGUUAUGUAGAUUGUUGCCAUGGUGUGUGGAGAAUACAGGGGUCACUUGCUGUAACAAGAGGGAUUGGAGAUGGACAUCUAAAACGAUGGGUGAUAGCAGAACCAGAGACCAAAGUUUUAAAGAUUAAGCCCGAAUGCGAGUUCUUGAUCUUAGCGUCGGAUGGUCUUUGGGACAAGGUUACUAAUCAGGAGGCAGUAGAUGUAGUUCACCCCUCAUGCGUGGGUGUUGACAAGCUAGAUCCUUUAUCUGCCUGUAAAAAGCUAGUCGACUUGUCAUUAAGCAGGGGCUCGGUUGAUGAUACUAGUGUGAUGAUAAUUCAAUUAGAUCGCUUUGUUCCAUAACUUGCCCCUGGGAAAGGAACUUAUGAGAGAACUGGUGAAUUCUGCUGAUCCUACAAGGUGUUUUUAUAAGAAAGUUGCAGUCUCAGAAGCUGGAAGGCCAACUCUUUAAAAUUCUAUCUUCACUAUCAAGUUGGGUGUUAGUUGAAGAAGGUGGUAAGUUUAGAUCGCAUUCAAGAGGAGUUGUGGUAGAGGAAUAUGAGGGUCGGGUUCUUGUAAAUUGUAGUAUAUGAAAAGCUAGUUCAACUGACUCAGUUUUCCAUUGAAGUAAAACUGAAGUCGAGCCUCGUACUCGAGUGCUCAAAUAUGCAUACAUGAUACAUUAAUGUUAGAUUAAUACAAGUCCUAAUUAUAAUGGAGA